AUGACAACUGUCGAAGAUAAAAACUUUGCAAUUGAAGAGUAUAAGAAAGCUGAGCAAAAUUUGAAGCAAUUCAAGGAAGGGAAAGAACAGGAGAUAUUAUACGAGUUGAAGAAUAAGUUGGAGGAUAAAAAAUGGAGGAACGAAGAACAGAAGAAUGAUUGGGAAAAGGAGAGGGACAGGUUAGAAAAAGAAAAAGAGAUGUUGUUAAAGAGUAAAGAAAUCCACGUUAUUGAAGCGUUAAGAGAAUGUAAAAAAGGAGAAAGUAAUUAUAGACGUAAAGCCAAUACUGAGGAUACAGAAGUUUACAUAAAGGGUCUCGUGAAGAAAAUAAGACUAUCAGAUUCUUUGCAAACCCGAAGAAAUGGAAUGAAAUACAAACUGAAGCAGAAGCUUCUGGAAACCCUGUUACUCACCAACAUUUCCAUCUUUGGAACCUUUUUUGAAGAUUGUGAAAAUAUAGAGGCAAAAAAUAAGCCCAACAUCGAAUGGGCCUCUUCUGCUAUUUUGACAAAGACGAAGAAAGCGCGUUCCAAUAUAAAUGAUUUAGCUCUCGAAUAUUCUUCUUUGUCAAAUUCUUUUACACCGAUAAAAGAUAUUCAAGAUAUUUGGUGUAAUAAUUUUUCUAAGGCUACAGGAUUGACGGAUCGAUGGGGUG